CGCACCCACUUUAACCAACAGUCCUAGCCCUUCCAUAUCCAGGUACUCUGGCCUCCAUACCUAGGUGAUUUCCCUUCCGGAGUUCCCUCUUCCUCCUCCAUCUUCCAUCAUCAACCCUUCCACGGCCCGCUACUUUGGACAAGAUGCCCAGGCCAGUCAUCAGCAGCAAGGACGACGUCGUGGCCGUUGACUUCCACGAUCGCAAAGGCAACUCCGUGUGUUCUCUGUACUAUCGCUGGGAGCUGGGCGACGCCGACGAAGAGGACGAGCUCUACUACGCGCGCAUGCCCGGCGACAAGUCACAACAUGCAAUCCAGCAAAUCAAUGCCGCGCUCGAGAAGAUGCCUGCCGAGCGCAUCUUCUUCCCGCUCCCCAUUCCCUGGCCCCGUUACCAAACGCGCGUCACAGUUGCCUCAACGCCGCAUGCGGAGCCCGAAGACGGUAUCUUCUUGAAGAGGCCGUGGUUACUCGACCUCGAUUACCCCCAGAUCACGAACAGGCCAGAAGCUCUUGCCAUGAUGUUCGCCGAUGAAGUCCGCGUGCUCGAGCGUCUCUCGCGUUUCCCGCCGCACCCCAACAUCGUGCAGUACCACGGUUGCCGUGUCCGCAAGGGUCGCGUCACGGCCAUCCAGCUCGGUCGCGUCGAGGGCAGCAGCCUGGCGAUACACAUGCGGUCAGGCCGCCCAGUCGACAAAGCGGCCAUCCUGGCAGGGCUUACGUCGGCCGUGGACCACCUCCACCGCGUCGUCGGCAUCGCGCAUAACGACAUCUCGCCCAUGAACAUCAUGGUGUCGCCCGAUGGGCGUAUCCCCACCCUCAUCGACUUCGGCUCGGCCGACUUGCUAGGCGCCGAACUCAGCCACCGCCCCUUCGGUACCUUUGGCGAGGAUCCCCUGGACCUUGACGAGAAAACCCUCUAUGACGGCCCCAGCGGAGAUCCCACGUCCCGCAAGUCAAGAGAUCUCGCAAGCCUAAAGAGGCUGGCCGUCUGGCUUGAUGACCCUCAGGCUGUCGACUCGGUGUGCCCGGAGGCUCACGCGUGCGCCGACGCCAAUUCCCCCGCAGCGGAUUCCAACUCUGACACAUGCCACGACGCCGGCGAGAUGAAAGAGGCGAGGCGACCUGUGAAGCGGAAGCUAAGCGCCGGGGAUACCUGAGAGCAGUGCCAGGCCAGAUUCAUCAAUGUGCACACUGGCCG